AAUUGUCCGGAGUCUUUAGCUUGUCUGCUUGUCUCCAAAGAGGAAAACACUAUUCAGUUCACUUUCGUUGGUCAAUCAGUCAAGACGCGUUCAACUCGUGACGUCCUUACUGAAACUAAAGUGUCGUUAUAGCAAAUCUAGUGGUCUCGCAGAGAGCGCGUACGGGCUUGAAGAAGGUUCUCAAAAUCAAAAUUUUAAACGCUCACCGAAAUUGACAACACCGAUACCGAAAAGUAUCAAAAGUAUCGCGAGAGCGUCGCGCAAGCUUACUAUGUUAACAGAGACUUAAACGAACCUUCAUUUCGGCCACCUUCGUCCGACGCUGUUAAUGUAUUUUUACAACGAGCCGCGCCGCGCAGCCGCAAUUCGAAUUUGUGCUAUCGCACAAAUCGGUCGACACCGCUUGCGUUCGUUACACACUCGCCCGCUCACUGGGUAAGAAAACAAGUCGCGCGGCAUACCAAAAACGAAUUUCAGCUCGCUGAUGGUUGAAUAACACACAUAACGCACAGAAACACCGCAAUAGUGCACGGUGCCCGUAAAUAAGGAAAGUAAAAGUGUUCCUCCUCUGGUGUUUUGUUCGUUUAUGGGGAGGCCUGAAGUUACGAAACACUUGUAGAAAUAUUCACAACGCCACUAUAACGGCCAAAAUUGGAAAGCAAAAGAGAAUACGGAAAUAACAGAUAACAAUAAAGUGAAUGAAUUAUUAACUUGUACAGUUUUAUUCGAAUACGUUAGUAACGGUUAAUUCCGUUCGUUACGUCCCGCUCAUUCCUGCAAUGAAUUUAUAUAAUUUUAGUUUAUAUAGUUCACUUUUAAUUAUGUAAAUAUACAAAAAGUAAAAUAGAAAAAACCAAAUAGAGUAACGCGUUUCAGUGAAAUCCGCGGAGUUAAUAAAAUGUCAACUAGCCAGUGGGUGCUAAGAGGAAUUUGUCCCAAAUUUUAUGAAAGUGCACUAAGUCAACACUAACACAACGACUCACGAAUAAAUAAAAUCUACGAAUAAAUAAGAUCACAAAAACAAAACGAAAGUGUCUAUCAAAAGCUGAAGAAAAUUUGAAAAAGCUUAAACACAUUUAUAUUUACUUUUCCACAAGUGUGUGUACGUCUUAUACAAUAUUUUAACCAACAAUGUACCAUCCGCUGGUGCGAAUAUCGCUGAAGUCCAACUUUGGCUUCUAUCUCGCCAUUUUAGUGGCUUUCUUGCAUAUAGCGGAAUAUGGCGCUGCGAUCAGCAAUGGCGACUUGCCGAAAACCUCCAACGCCUCACUGGCCGCUAUGAUGUCCAGUCAUAGCAGCAUCAAUCUCCAGCUGCCCGAGUCGCAAGCUGAUGAAAUGGCAACGAACAAAAUGACGACGGCCGCGCAUUGGAAUACGCGAAACGCAGUGCGUCUCAGGGAUGUGCUGAACCUUUUCGAUAUGUCAAGCGUGGCAGAGCAUUGGAGCAGCAUCCAGCAGAUGAUUGGCGGCAAUUGCUCGCAGGAUUUGGAGCUCUAUAUGCGCGGCUUAAAUGCAGCAAAUAUCUGGGCGGUGAAAAUGGAUGAUGCUUCCGGCCAUUAUACAUCGGGCUUCUUUUACGGCAACAACUAUUGGCUGGGAUCUAUGUCGCAAUGUGAAUCUAUUUACCACGAAGAUGAAAAUGACAACUCAAACGCCAAAGUUGCGAAAAACUCUGGUUUGCCGUUCGCCAAAGCCCAUACGCAAGUUUACACAACGGUGUACAAUGAAAAUCCUCCCUUUAUGCCCGGGUUCUUUGUUAUAAAGCUGUUCUUGAACGAAACGUUUCCGACACUUAUGACUCGAACCAUCUACGUUGGCGUUUGUUUACCUUCCAGCUGUUCAACCACAGAAGUCAAUUCCUUAACUGAGUUCUCACAAACACCCUCAGCAACGCGGACAGUUAACAUAUUGGAUGUGCGCAUGCCCACCAACCGGCAGUUUAACUUAUACGAUGAUCGUACAUUUUGGAUUUUAAUUUGUGUCACAUCUUUCGUCUUCACUCUUAUAACGGCCGGUACAUUAUACGAAAUAUACUUGACGCGUCGCUUAAAGGCAGCACUCCGUCGUCAGGAUAAAGAGAUGAUGAAUAACAGUGAAACCUCGUCUGGUAUUGGCUGCCCUUCUUCUGAUUACAGUGAUUCCUUGGCGCAUGAAUCACUCAAGAAAGAAUCCAUUAAGGAAUCUCUUAACGAACUGAAUAUAGUGCUGAAUAUGCCACACGAAAUAAGCGGUGGUCCGACUAGCAGCAACAGCACUUCGGAUGAACAUCUGGAAGGACAUCUGCACGAACCGGAGAAACUGGGCGUUUACUCCGAAUUAUUACUCUCAUUCUCUGCGAUUACCAAUUUUAAUGCCAUCUGCGAUCGAAAUGUCGGUGCGGAUACCAUACCGUCUAUACAUGGAUUGCGUGCCUUUUCAAUGGCAUGGGUCAUACUCGGUCACACUUGCAUAGUGGUCUUCAAAUACUCCGACAAUAUGGAGAUGCGCAAGGAAGUUGAGAAAAACUUCUUCUUCCAAGCCAUCACCAACGGACCAUUCAGCGUGGAUACAUUCUUUUUUAUCAGUGGUUUCUUGGUUUCAUACCUGUACUUCCGCACGAAUGCCAAAGGAAAACUAAAUAAACUCACGAAAGGUACGAGCGAACUGGCAGCUGGCACAGCACACUUCUUCGGAUUGGUCGCCUACCGUUUUAUGAGGUUAACUGCGCCGUAUAUGUUUGUGCUCGGUGUGGUACAAGUAUCCAUGAAAUAUUUGGCAGCCUACUCGAUAUUCGACCCACCGACUAUGGAUCACGAAACUUGUCCACAAUAUUGGUGGCGUAACUUGUUGUAUAUCAACACACUCUUUCCGGUGGAUCAAAUGUGUAUGCUAUGGAGCUGGUAUUUGGCCAACGACACACAGUUUUAUAUAAUCGGCGCCAUCAUACUGAUUAUUGGCGUACGGCAUUUUAAGUUAGCUGCAUGCACCACACUAUUUUUCUUGGUAUCGUCGUGGAUCACCACGGCAGUCAUAGCGUUUACGAACAACCAUCGUCCCGAUACUGACGAUCCCCUUGCACUCUUCGAUAAAAUUUACGACAAACCCUGGACUCGUCUGGGUCCCUACCUUAUUGGCAUGGCUGUUGGAUGGAUACUGUUUCGCACCAACUGUAAAAUCCGUUUGCCACGUCUAACGGUAGCCACGCUCUGGAUAUUGACCAUGCUCAAUUUGUUUGUGAUCGUCUUCGGGUUGUAUCGUGCCGAAUUGUCACAGUUUAUGGCAGCCGCUUACAGCUCACUUAGUCACUCAGCCUGGGCGCUAUCACUGGCAUGGAUCACGAUUGCUUGUUCCACAGGAUAUGGUGGUUACAUAAAUACAUUGCUUUCAGCUCCCUGCCUCUACCCGUUCUCACGCGUCACUUAUUGUGCAUAUCUGGUACACCCGAUUGUCAUACGUUCCAUGGCACUAAACACCGAUGCACCGAUGCAUCUGGGCGGUGACACAAUGGUUAUAUUUUUCUUCGGACUCGUGGUGGCCUCGUAUCUGUUAUCGUUUGUAGUGUCGAUGUCAUUCGAAGCACCUGUUGUCACCAUGUUGAAAAUCCUGUCUCCUAGUCGAAAAAAGCGUAUCGCUUAGUUUAAGUAUUGUAAUAUAAUAUUUGUAUAUGUAUAACAUAUACAUGUACAUAUGUAUGUAUUUAAUAACUUUUUCAUUUACAUUUCACACUUGUUCCUUAAGUUUUCAAUCAAUCAACAUGCAUAACUUCAUUUACACAAUUUACCGUUAUACAUAUGUACUGAAAAUGUAUUCCAUAGGGAAAUGUACUAGUGUAAAACAGGUGAGAUUCAGUUCAGCAACGUUACUCUUUUCCCUAAGAGCAACUGAUGACAUCAUUAGAACUGUGAGCGGAAUCCUUUAUCUAAAAUACCGAACACUCACGAAGUAGUCCCAAAUUCAAGGAAAGUUUUCUCGCUCUCGUUCACAUUUCCCUUUUGUGUAUUCCUGUACAUAUGAAUAAGAGGUGCAAAUUAAAAUUUAAACUAUUUAUCCAC